AGGCCGAGUUCCCUGGCUGGUCGGAGCUUCCGGUUCCAGGUGACCCUGGGGCCCUGCCGACUGCCUGCCGACCGCACUGUUCGCGCACGCGCAUGUACAGGCGCACCUACGCAGGCAUGCAAGGGUAAGGUAGAAAACUCGUGUUAGUUAUUUCUUAAGAAGCAACCUCUGCACACGCAGCACUGCGGCGGGGUUUCCUCGCCCCAACCACUCCCAGAACCGGCUGGAAAUACGGGAUAUCCUUACAGCCAAACCAUGACAAGCCUGGUUGUCCGCAAGCCGUACACGGACGAUGAGCUGCGCAAGCUCUACCCGCCCGGCUUGGAGCUGCGGCAGGUGCAGGUGCUGAUGCGCCACGGCGAGCGGACUCCCGUCUCGGCCCGUUUCCAGAAUGCCGGCCUGAGCCCUUGGUGGCCCUACUGCUCCAUCGCCCGCCAGAUGCGUGCUGCCGUGCUCGCCCCCGAUGCCGCCGAUGCCGACGCCGAUGCCGACGCCGACGCUGCCGGGGCCGCUGCCGGCCGCCGCUUCGACACGCUGCGCUGGAGGCGCCGCCUGGAGACCUUUGGCGACCACGACGAGCCCGUCCUCGCCCGCGGGCCCGACGGUCGUGCCGAUAACAUCUGCGACUUUGGCAGCCUGACAGACCUCGGCUUCCGAAGCACCUACCAGCUGGGCCAGCGCCUGCGCCAGCUGUAUGUCCACCGCCUUGGUUUCCUGCCCGCCACCUUGACCUCCACCGACUUCCUCUACCUGCGCAGCACCGGCGUGCCCCGCGCCUUGGAGUCGCUCCACCAGACCUUCUCGGCCCUGUACCCGCCCUCGGCCCGCGCGCCAGGCCCGGACGGCAAGCUGCCCACCCCGACCAUCAUCACCCGCGUCCACAGCGACGAGACGCUCUACCCCAACGACGGCAACUGCCGCCGCUUCGCUGCGCUGUCGCGGGCCUUCGCCCAGCGCACUGCCGACCGGUGGAACGGCUCGUCCGACAUGGAGUACCUCCAGCGGCUCUACGGCAAGUGGAUGCCGUCCGGCACCAAGGUCGCCGUGGACUCGCGCCCGCGCCUCUCGGGCAUCAUGGAUACGGUCAACGCCACGCUGGCCCACGGACCCGAGACCAGGCUGCCCAAGGAGUUCUACGACGAGAAGGGGCGCGAGAUCAUGGAGAACAUCUGCGUCGAGGAGUGGUUCGCCGGGUACAAGGAGUCGAAGGAAUUCCGCAUGCUGGGCAUAGGCGGCCUGCUGGGGGACAUUGUCGGACGGAUGGUUGACAGCGUCGAGCAUCAGGCUGCGGGGGCGACAGGGCGGCGGAAGUCAGAGAACGCUCCGAUCCGGUUCGGCCUGAGCGGGUGUCACGACACCACGCUGGCCGGUGUGCUCGCGAGUCUCGGGGCGUACGACACGGGCCGCUGGCCGCCGUUCACCAGCCACAUGGCGAUUGAGCUGUUCCGGGAGUCAAAGACACCACCCCCGCCGCAGGAGCCUGCUAAGACGAGCUGGUGGUCCUCGCUGUUUGGCGCUGCGGCACCUCCUGCCACCAUUGGCCGCCGACGGAUAACAGAGCUGUCGCCGGCUGAGAAGAGCAAGCUCGACGGAUACUACGUGCGGAUACGUUACAACGACGAGCCCGUCACCGUGCCGGCCUGCAAGCUGCCGGGGAACCACCUCGAGGGGGACGAGUCGUUCUGCACGCUGGCCGCUUUCAAAGCCGUCGUCGACAAGUUCACGCCAACCAACUGGAAGCACCAAUGCCGGAUGAACCUGGACCAGCCUGCCCUGCCGGCAGAGCCGGAAUGGGCAGGCCACUGAGGCUGUUCGCGUUGAUGUCUGUGAGC